ACUACUCUCUCCUGUUGUCUCUCUACAUACUACUCCCUCCCUCCCUCUCUCUGUCUCUCUCUCCCUCUCUCUCUCUCUCUUUGUCUCUCCCUCCCUCUCUAUUCACUUCCCUCCCCUGUGUGAUAUGUGACAGGAUGUCGUCAUGGCGACAGGAUAAACAGACGGUAAACAGCGCUUGGCGCUGCAGAGUUUCAUUUGAACCCUGAAGAAGAAGAAGAAGACAGGACACACAGAGACACACGGAGACACACUGAGACACCCUGAGACACACAGAGACACACGGAGACAGAGACAGGUAUUUUCCCGCCAUGGCAGAGAGCGCAGACAUGGAUCAGCUGCUGGCGUCCUUCAGGAAGUUCGCCGUCCACGGGGACACAAAGGCCUCGGGCAACGAGCUGAACGGGAAGAACUGGGCCAAGCUCUGCAAGGACUGCAAGAUCACCGACGGGAAGAACGUCUCUGGGACAGACGUGGACAUCGUCUUCUCCAAAGUCAAACAGAAGACGUCCCGCGUCAUCACCUUCGAGGAGUUCCAGCGAGCGCUGGAGGAUUUGGCCCCAAAAAGGUUCAAAGGUCAAAGCAAAGAGGACGCGCUGGCGUCCAUCUUUAAACUGGUGGACGGACGAGGACCGAGCAACGUGGGAGUCACGAAAGUGGCGAAGGCGGCUGCGUUGGAGCGUCUGACCGAUGCGUCCCGGUACACCGGGUCUCACCGGGAACGCUUCGAUGAGAGCGGCCGGGGCAAAGGUCGCGAGGGCCGCGAGGACACGGUGGAGCACACCGGCUACGUGGGCGCCUACCGGGACGCCGGCACGUACGACCACAAGACCAAGGCCGAGAAAUAACCAGUACCUGCAGCACCAAGACCACAAGACCACAAGACCAAGGCCGAGAAAUAACAGGCCGUACCUGCAGCACCUAGUCCGGACCAAACCUAGAGGGGGGGGUGGGGGAGUGUGUGUGUUUGUCUGUGUGUGUGUUUGUGUUUGUCUGUGUGUGUGUGUGUGUGUGUGUGUUUGUGUAUGUGUGAAUGUGUGU